UUCUACGUGCGCAGCUAUGCUAAACAUUACCGCAUGUUCUCGUUGUCAGCAUGCUAGCCGGCGCGGAGCCGGGGCGUCAUGAGCCCCAACGAGCCGUCACAUCAGAGGCCAACGCGUCCCCGGGCUCCAUCGAGAUGCCGUUCCGCUAGCUGGCUGAAGAAGAGACGUCCCCCGUGUCCUCCACUGUCCUCGUCUCUGUCCGGCCCUCGGAGCCAGGAGGAAAUGACCCAACUGAGUGUCCGUCACUGGACGCCCAAGCACGUGGCCAAGUGGCUGAAGGAAGAGGGCUUCUGUGACUAUGUGGACCUGCUGUGCAUCAAGCACCGGCUGGACGGCACCAGUCUGCUCGCCCUCAGCGAGUACGACCUCCGAGCACAGCCCCUGGAGCUCAAGGUGCUGGGGGACAUCAAGCGGCUAAUGGUGGCCAUCCGCAAACUUCAGAAACAGAACAUGGACGUGCUGGAGGAGCUGGGUCUUCCCUUCGACGGCCACUCUCCUACAUUGUCGGGGGGGAUUUCGGACUGGAUGUGUAACGGAGACUCGGGCAGAGACUGUGACAGCACUGACACAGCCCCGGUGGGAGAGGAGUAUCACCAGUACACCAAUGGGAAGUACAAGCAGCAGACCAGGCGUCUGGAUCCAGAGUACUGGAAGACCGGGCUCAGCUCCAUCUACGUGGUCUUUGUGUUUGGGUUCACGUCCUUUGUCAUGGUCAUAGUGCACGAGAGGGUCCCCGACAUGCGCACGUACCCUCCACUGCCGGAUAUCUUCUUAGACAGUGUGCCUAGAAUUCCGUGGGCCUUUGCCAUGGCGGAGGCGUGUGGUGUGAUCCUCUGCAACAUCUGGCUGCUCGUUCUGCUGCUGCACAAACACAGAUCCAUCCUGUUGCGGCGUUUGUGCAGCCUCAUGGGGACGGUGUUCAUGCUGCGCUGCAUCACCAUGUUUGUCACUUCCCUGUCAGUGCCAGGACAGCACCUGCAGUGCUCGGGAAAGAUAAACGGUGACAUGUGGGCCAAACUGCAGCGAGCUGUUGCCAUCUGGAGCGGCUUUGGGAUGAGCCUGACCGGAGUCCAUACCUGUGGUGACUACAUGUUCAGCGGUCACACUGUGGUCCUCACCAUGCUCAACUUCUUCGUCACAGAGUACACCCCACGAAGCUGGAACUUCAUUCACACGUUGUCCUGGGUCCUCAAUCUUUUCGGCAUCUUCUUCAUCCUGGCCGCACAUGAACACUACUCCAUCGACGUGUUCAUCGCCUUCUACAUCACUACCAGACUCUUCCUGUACUACCACACUCUGGCCAACACCCGGGCCUACCAGCAGAGCCGACGAGCUCGCAUCUGGUUCCCCAUGUUCUCCUUCUUCGAGUGCAAUGUCAACGGACCCGUCCCCAACGAGUACUGCUGGCCCUUCUCCAGACCUGCUGUGAUAAGGAGCAUGAUAGGAUAGAAGAAGAAAAAAACAAGAGCAACAGCGGUACUGUCAGAGACUCUUAACCUGUGAUGUUUUGUCUGCUUUGUGAAGUUGCCAACUGAGGAGGUGUGUGAUGUCCUCACCAGGAAAAACAACUGAUGUCACCCCCAUCAGCACCGAGGCAUGAUGGGAUACACUUAGCCAUACCCUCUCAUAUUCUGGGACUACGCUACUAACCUGCUACCCCUACCACCAUUUUUAGGAGGACUAAACUAAAUCUAUAAUACCCUGCCGAGUUUAAAAGCAAAAACACUUUCUGCCUGACUUGAAAACUGAAGGAGCGAACAACAUUUUGUUUUGGUUACUCCCAGGUUAAUGACUUAGUGUUGAGAUAGUAUGUGAAAGUAGGAAGACACUUCUAAAAAUUCUCAGGCAGCAGUGUAGCUAAUCCUUCCCAGCAGUUACAACCGGGCCACACCGGGACAGCUGCGUCUCUUGCGAGUUUGUUGUGGAACCGCUGUUUAAGGUUUCGGGUCCAGGAAGUAAAACCAGCCUAUGUAUUCAACUAAAUGUCAGGACUGUAUCAUUAGGAAGCCGUGCAUCUUCUGGUUGUGCAAUAACAAUACAAACCACGUUCAAACAAAUUAAUGGAUUCACUCAACAGUAGA